AGUGAGUGUCGACUCGAAGUCUGAUAGUCUCAUAUUGCGGCGAGUGUUAAUCCUUUGCUGCGAGCAGGUGGGCAGUUACCGGCCCAAUGAACCGUGGCAGAGGCAUUGAACUGUGGCGCGCCUUGACUGGACAUGAGACAUGGACCGGCACACGGACAGAGACAGACAGAAUAACUAUGUUAAGAACAUGCUGGCAAUCCGCAUGACGUAUACGCCCCGGGGAUUGCAAGUGCAACAAUCAGCUUCGUGCUUUACAUGUCUUGCGUGUCUGUCUAGACUUUAAGCCAAUGCUAAAUCGGAUCGUUGCCAAUGUCUGUAAGUCGACGAGAUGGAUAUAAAUUCUGAGAGAUAGCAGCAGCAGAAGCAACAUCUACCAUAACAACAACAACAACAACAUUAGCAACAGCAUACAGCGAUAAAUCUUUUGCUUGGAUUUUGGCAGUAAGCCGCCGAGAAGUUACCUUUGUGAGGAAGUAUGCCAAAUGCAGGCCAACAAACUUAUUUUGAUAAACUUUCACUGAAAUUUACUGCUGGCAAAAUAGAAAAUCUUAAAGACCAAGCAAAUGUUUAUAGGAAUUCCAACAACUGCAACUGAGAGAAUAAAGCAAGCCAUAAAUAUUAUCAACAGCAUAAAUUUGACAAGACAAACUAACCAAAAUAGACUAAAACCAUAAAAAAAAAGUACAAAAUAAUACCAAAACAGCGGGUGAACCGGCGAAUUUAGCAGCAGGCAAACUGGCAGGCAACUGCUGCACUUCCUGCUACUGUACAACUGGUGCGUCUUCUUUGUGGCAGGCGCGAAUUUCCGUUCCUUAUCGCGGCAAUGUAAACGCGUUUCCGCCUUAUGCUCGCACGCCCCAUCGUCAACAGCAGCAGCUUAAGACAAUAUUAAACAGUUAGCUUGUGCAGCAUAACCAUAGAAAUUUAAAACGGUUUUAAAAAUGUGCAACCCGCCAGCAACACAGACCACAGCACUGGCAACGCAAACGCAUCUGCUGCUGCUACGGCUCCUCAGCUCCCAGCUCUUGAUCGUGAGCAUCCUAAAUGCCAUUCAGCCCAUUGGGGCCCUGCAUUUAUCGAGCCUCUCCGUCCCGCGCAUUAUCGAUGUCACACAAAAGGCCAAACUGUUCUGCGGCUAUGAGAUGGGCAAUCGGACACUCAACUCAGUCAAAUGGUACAAGGAUGGAAUGGAGUUUUUCAGAUAUUCGCCGCUAACGCCGCCGACAACAAAUUGGUUUCCCGUCAAAGGUGUCACCAUUGCCGAAGGCUCGUCGCAUUGCAAUCAAUUCAUCUGCAACGUGGAGCUGGAGAAGCUGAAUGUGCACUCAUCGGGCCAAUACCGCUGCGAGGUGUCCGGCGAUGCGCCCGAGUUCAAGCUGAUCGAUAAAGCAGCCAAUAUGACCGUUGGCGUACUGCCAAAAUUCGAUCCAUUCAUCACUGGAAUUCGACAUGCAUAUAAAUAUCGCGAUACGCUGCUUGCCAACUGCAGUUCAGAAUGGUCGAGUCCUGCGGCGAGGCUGACGUGGUACGUCAACAAUAAAACGGCACCGCUGACCAGCCUUCAACCGCAAAUCAAUGAAAUCACACGCAACAUCGAAGGAUUUCCGCUAUAUGCCAGCAAUCUGCAGCUGCGCCUCCACAUCGAUGACCAGCGAUUCAUUAGCAAAAGCGAGGUGCUCGAGCUACGUUGCAGCUCUGAUAUCAUGGGCCUGACGCACUUGCGGCGCACAAGCUGGAUGCGUACCACAAUACUGGCGCUCAAGGAUAGCGGCUACAAUCAGCGACUGACCGAGAAUGGCAACUGUGCCAGCGCCCGAGCAGCCACAUUGGGCUUCUGGCUGGUGUGCAUCACAAUCUUCCUGCGCUGGCACUGCACUCUGAGUUAGUAGCUGUCCCUGUUGGUGGCCUUCAUUUUAGCCUAAUUUCUAAGCCAAAACGAUGAGCUGUUUUAGUUUUCAGCACCCGAACUUCGCCACGAAUCAAAAGUUAACAAGCUAA